AUGACCAAAGAGCCGAGCCCCUUUGAGAACAUACCGAACAAUACUUCUCCUCAAUGGUACAGAGAUCCAGGUUUGAGGGCGAAUGUUGCCCAUUGCCUGGGGUUGUGUCUAGUCAUAUACUAUCUUGUGCAUGAUGCCGGCCUUCUGAAUGGGUUACAGGCUCUCGAGGCUUGGAACAAGAUCUUCGAUUAUCCCACAGGUGCCAUACUCGGUGUCUAUGCUGCGUCUUUGUAUCUCCCUUCAAUAAUUACCGCGUACAUAGGCGAUAUCCUAUCCCAAAGAUAUGGGCGGAAAUUGGCCUUGGCCGUCGGAUCCGUUAUUGUAUUUGGUGGAGCGCUGUUAAACGCAUUGGCUAAUAAUCCAGGAAUGUGGCUUGCAGGUCGUGCCAUCAUGGGUGCAGGAGGUGGUAUCUCUAAGGUGGCUGCACCCGCGCUCAUUCAGGAAAUCGCCCAUCCCCGACUGCGCCCCAUGCUGGCUUGCUGCUAUUACCCAUUUUUCUACUUCGGUAGUCUGCUUUCUGCACUACUUUGUUUUGCGGCGCUAUAUAUACCAAAUGACUGGUCGUGGCGAAUGCCUUCAUUGGUGCAGACUGUUGGACCUUUGAUGGUUCUAGUUACAUUGAUAAGAUGUCCAGAAUCUCCCCGUUGGCUUGUUUCAAAGGGGCGCGUGGAAGAAGCCUCCAAUGUGUUAGCGACGUACCAUGCUAACGGAGAUACUGACGACUAUCUUGUACGUUGGGAAUUAGUCACAAUCGAGACAUCAAUCGAGAGCGAAACUACAAGCCAUAAAACUUCCUACUUGGACUUCUUCAGAACGAAGGGAAACCGUCGACGCCUUGUCGUCCUUCUCUCUCUGUCUAUAGGAAGUAAUUGGGUCGGAAAUGGCAUUAUUUCCUACUAUCUUACACCGGUGCUUCGGUCAGUUGGAAUAGAAUCUCCUGUGAAGUUGACACUUCUUACUUCGGGACUAGCAAUAUGGAACUUGAUCCUUGCAUUCGGCGCUGCACUCAAUGUCGAGCGCUUCGGUCGUCGUCCUUUAUUUCUCAUUUCCAUCAUCGGAAUGCUCCUUUCUUACGUGCUUGUCAUGGGAUUAUCAGCCGGCUUUGCAAAUUCAAACAGCCAGGCUGUGGGUACAGCAGUCAUACCUUGCUUGUUUAUAUAUUACGGCUUCUACGACAUCGCGUGGACACCGUUACCUGUUCCAUACACCGCCGAGAUCUUGCCCUUCAGCUUCCGAACAAAAGGUCUGGCACUUUUUACGUCUUUCGGUACAAUGGCCAAUGCUUUCAAUCAAUUCGUCAAUCCUAUUGCCUUGGAUGCAUUGAAAUGGAAAUAUUACGCCGUGUACAUCGUCAUAUUAUCUUUCUAUUUGGUGUUUGCGUAUUUUAUGUACCCGGAAACAAAGAACCUGACCAUUGAAGAGGUCUCAUUGGUAUUCGACAAGACUGAUGGCGAUAUUAGACGGAUGUAUCACAGUGCAAUGAACCAGGUUAAGGAGGGUGAUAUUGAGAGCCCUGAGCAUGAGGAAGACGUGGGAACGAAGAAGGGAUGCGCCAAUCGUCGAAGCAUUGCUAAAGUGUAG